AUGAUCAAAUUAAAUCGUGUGCUAAUUCACUGGACAAUAAAACAUAAUAAUAACAAUAACAAUAUACCAACACUGAUAAUACCAUCAACUGACCAACUGUAUACAACAAUCUUACCUGAUGAUAUUAUCCUUCAUUUGAUUAAAGAACGUUUAAAGCAAUCGGAUUGCCUGAAUCAUAAAAAUAUUAUCAUUGAUGGAAUAGAAUCAGACUUUACAAAGAAUGCAUUAUCUACAAUAGAACUACUAUUGAAAUGUUUGAAAGAUUGCAAGUAUAUUUAUACAAUAAGCAUAAAAUCUGACUAUGAAAAGUAUAGACAGUGUUUAUUAGAAAUACAAACAGAGAUGAAUGAAAAUGAGCUGUUAUCAACAAGAGAGUAUUACAAGAAACUGGAUGAUAUAACCGAUUAUGAGUAUGCGGCACUGUCAGAUAGUGAACGUAAACAGAUUUUUGACUUUCAAUUGAAAAUACGUCGUGAAAAACGUCAAAUCCAGUUGGAACAAAAACGUAUACAAGAAGAACAAUUCCGUGAAGAACAAGAAGCUGAAGCGAAACGAUUAGAAAUGGAACGUAACAGAAAACGAGGUAAACGAAUUGAUGAAAAGUCGACAAAGCCGAAUGCAGUAAAUCAAAUUUCAUUGAAAGAGAAUCGAGCAUUAUCAGGUCGAAUGAGUUCAAAGUCUGCAAAAGACAUUGGAAAUAAUAAUAAUAGUGGUAAUACAGCCAAAACAGAAUUAAUAGAGAAAUCACCAUUGGGAACACUGGAGGAAACUCGUAGAACAUCAAGAUCUCAUGAAAAACACCGUAAAUCUGCUACCAGUUUCAAAGAUGAAGCAAUAACUGAAGAAGAGACUGGAACGCGUAUGACAGAUGAAGAACAAUUAGCCUACCAAAUUUUUAAGUCUUUUGAUGGAGAAUUUCGAAGUAUCUGUGAAUUCCUUAGUACAUGGAAUCGUGUAACAUUACAACAACAAUCAUCCUUAUUAGAAGGUCGUGAAGAUAGUCCAACAUCAACUGUUGUCAAUUUACCUGCCGGCAAACGUGCUAGACAGAGUGGUUUAAAUUUCCCGCCAAAUGCUGGUAGUAGUAUUAAUUUAAACAAAUCAAAACAUUCAAUUGGUAAAGUGGAUUCAAGCAAUAUACAAAGUGUACAAGAAAAUAUGACUGUUCUAUUGCCAAUUUAUUGUGAUUCAAGUCAAUUCAAUGAUUCAAUAAAUGAAAUUAAAGUUGAAAAAGAUUCAGGCGAUAGUGAUUCCCAAAUAAUUGGUAUACCACAUUUAAUUGUUGAAAUACCAUUCAGAAAAGAGACUAAUAUAACUGAAGAGAUUAGCGGUGAAAUCACUUCAAUAUUGAACAAUUCAGAUACAAUUUAUGUACAAAAUUUAAUUGGUAAAACAAUUAAAGAAAGUCUGAUGCCAGCCAAUGAUCAUGAGAUGCAUCGAAUGUCAGAAGGAGUUGAAGAAGAAGAAGGGGCACACAAAAAGCAUCAACAACAGAAAGAGAAGCUAUCCAAUGAAUUGUAUCAGUUAUUGUAUCCACAUUUACCAGAAUUAAAUGAAAUACUGGACCAUCUUGGUAUUGGACCGAAUGGACCACCAAUACCAAAACCAAAUAACUUUUCCGUUGUCCAUUAUCCGUUGUAUAGAGAAACAACAACUAGUACAUCCGUUAGUGUCAAUGAAAAUCAUUCAGCCUGUGGUGGUGAUAAAACAGCCAACAAAUCAUUGAAAAAGUCAGCAAAAAUCAGUGAUCACAAGACGUGUAUAAUCAAUUUAAAAUAUUUUGAAUUCUUAUAUUCUGGACAAGGUGAUCCUGUGAUGACAUCAGCGCAGUUUGGUGGAUUUUCACAAAUUACUGGUUCAAUUGAAGAAGAAAUGGAUACUGUGGAAUCUUCAGUUAAACAAAAGGAAGUUGGAGAAUCACUGCGUAAAACAGUAAGUCGAUCUGGCAGGAAAGAACGUAAAUCUCCACGUCAAAAACAUCAAACGGCGGAUUCAGGUGAAACGACAAGUCGUAAACAGAAAAUGUCAGUUACAAGUGGUUUACGUAACUCUAUUACAAGUGUAAUUUCAGAGCAACUGUCUGUAAACGAUGAAAUCUCGAGGCUUAAUCAAUUUCGUUGGAUUGUACCUGCUAAAGGACAAGUUCGUUUAAGAAUUCGUUUUCGAUGUGAACAAGUUGGCCAAUAUGAUCAAAUAUUCAAUUUUGAAUUAUUAAAUACACGAAGAGUUUAUCAAUUAUACUGUCGUGGUGUAUGUACACUGCCAACGAUUAGUCGUGAACCAAGAUUGAUUUAUGCUAAACGGAAGCGUACACUUAAUCAAGGUGAAAUUGUUCAUGGUACUUAUUUAAUGUCAACGUCAUGCUUUGAAUUUGGACCAUUGCUAAUUGAAAAGUCAAAAGAACGUAUUCAAGAGAAUUGUUAUCCAGAGAAUGUCACCUAUUUCAAUCUAGUGAAUACAUCUCAAAUGGAUACAGACAUUAAAUUAGGCUUUUUAUAUGAUAUCAAUGAAGAUUGUUAUAGUGUUCAACCGAAUCAAUUAAGUCUGAAACCGAAUCAAUCAACUACUGUAAGAAUUUGUGCUUUUCCAAAAUUACAUAAACGUUAUAUUGAUGCAUUGGUGUGUUCAAUCAAAGAUAAUCCAGAACCAAUUCAACUGAAGUUAGCCUGUGAUGGUGUUCUACCUGAAUUGGAAUUGGAUAAGAAAGUGUUUAAUUUUGAAAAAGUAUUAUUACAAAGAAAAGAAGUUCGUUCAAUUAUUUUAAAAAAUAAUACUUUAUUACCAGCACAAUGGAAGCUAUCUGGAAUUGAAGCAUUAGGUGAUGAAUUCUCUAUUUCACAAGAUGCUGGUAUUGUUGAACCAAAAUCUGAAUGUAUUGUCUAUGCUUAUUUUCGUGCUAUGAAACCAGUGAAAUCAAAUCAGAAGAAAAAUUUACGCUUAGAAGUUUAUGAUCUAGAAAAUAUUGCUGGUUUAAUACAAGUGGAGACAAUUCAAGUGAUUGCUGAAGCCUAUGACGUGGCUUUAGACAUCAACUUUCCUAAAGGUAGUGAUGGUGGGAUUGAUUUUGGUUUAAUCAAAGUUGGUGAAGAAGUGAAACAUGCAAUCACAUUAAAGAAUAAAGGGCCUUACGAAAUUGUAGUCAAUUUCAUAUUUUCCAAAAAUGCCACAAUGAAAAUGAACUACGCUGACGUGUUUACUAUGUCGCCACAACGUAUCAGUCUAUCGCCUACAGAUAAAUCUGCUCAAAUCAAUCUAACCUGCUGUGCACAAACAGAAUGUAUUUUAAAAGAAGUUGAAUUAAUUAAAUGUCAAAUUGUUGAACCAAAUGCUAAAGGAACUCCACAACUGAUUGCAUCCAUCCCAAUUAAAGUGUCUGUGAGAGCUGUAUUCAGCAAAUUUACAAUUUCUCCAGCUAAAGAUAUAAAUUUCGGAUCAUUAAUAUUGAAUAAUCAUAAAUCUCGUCAGUUGAUCAUUGAAAAUAAUGGAGAUUAUGAAUUUCGCUUCUCAAUAAUACGUAUGAGUAGAAUGCUUGAGUUAAUGACAGCACGUGAAGCACAUAUGAAUAAAGAAACUGUAGGAGGAGGAGGAAAGCAUAAAAUGUCAGAUCCAACAAUGCUGAGCACUCCACAAGCACGAUUACAACAAGGUUUCUUUACAUUAAGUCCUGCGAGUGGUCUUAUCCCACCGGGGAAUGCACAAAUUAUCACAGUUGAUUGUUUGGCUAAUUCACAGGAUCUUUGUGAAGAAGAAUUAACAAUUGAAAUAACUGAUCGUGAUAUGAACGCUUAUCCUCAUGGGAUACCUUAUCGUCUUAUAGCUGAAGGUCAUCUACCAUCGAUUGAAACCGAUAAUUAUUCACUGAUCUUUGAAGAACAUCAUGUCUGUAAAAAUUUGACAAUUUUAGACUUACCUGAUUUCUCAGAUAAGAUUUCAUCCAGUGGUAUUUAUGGAAUUGAAGAAAAUCGUUUUGUUUAUAGAAAUGUGCUAGUUGGUUCACGGGUUGGUGCACGUUUUCGAAUUUUCAACCAAAGUAAUGUACCAGCUGAUGUAACCUUUGAAAUCUCUUAUACUGGUGUACUGAAUUCUAACCAGCCAAGUGGACGUUCAAGCAGCCGAGGUAGUCAAACAACAAGUUAUGAAGCAUUUGAAGUAAUACCAGAUAAAGUACAAAUUGAACCACAUUCAUCUAUUUAUGCAAAUGUAAUAUUUGCUCCCACAGCUAUGCAAACAUACACAGCAAAUUUUCACGCCUACCUGGACAAUAAAUCACCUACAACAAAUGCAACUGUGAAUUCAGGUCGUGGAAGUGCUACUUCGAGCAGUAAACGUCCAACAAACACUCCAGUGCUUACAUUUGAAUUAUAUGGUCAAGGAAAUUUACCACAGAUAAGUAUAUUACAACCAAAGUUAAAAAAUCGUGCAGGACAAGCAAUGUGUAUAUUUAAACGUAUGCAAGUUGGUAGAACAUCUACACAAACACUAACACUACAUAAUAAUGGCAUAUUAAACAGUCGGGUGAACAUUGAUCUUAUUGAUCCAGAUGGUGUGUUUUCUCUGAAACCUCAGCUGCAUAAUGAUGCCUUGUUGUUUUACAAUCCAAUAAUCAAGUCAAGUGAAUACAAUGAAGGCUGUGAAGAAUCUAAUCUGACUGGAAAUGAUGAACUGUCAGUAUCAAAACAAUCUCAUCUAAUUGGUUUAUUACUCAGACCCGACAAUCAAUUCAGCAUUACAAUCCACUAUAUGCCAAAUAAACGUAAUAUAAAAAAUUUUGGACAAGUUCAUUUAUCCCUUGUAAAUAAUGAAUAUGAAGAUGCAUUGGUUGAGUUAAUCGGUGAAGCGCUGAAUGAUGAAGUAUGCCUAGAAGAUGUACCACAGUUAGAUUAUGAAAGGCAUAUACGCUUUCUAAUCAUUUACUCUUUUCUUCGUUUCUUCAUUUUAAACAAUGUAGAUCCUGGACAAGAUGAAACUCAGACUACAUUGGCUUUACGACACAAUCAUUUAGAUUUUGGUGAUUGUGGUCCAAAUGAUGCUAUAACGCGAACAAUAACACUUACACAUUGUGGUAAAGUGAAAGACACAGAACCGACAAGUUUUCGUUUUACCUGGCCAACUAAUAAUCCAGUUCUACAAUUUAAACCAUCUGAAGGUCAUCUGCACGUGAAUCAAUCACGUAGAAUUGAGGUGACUUUUAAACCAUCCGGUACACCAGUUACACUAAAAUCUCAAUCGAUCAAAUGUUCUCUACAUCGUAUUAUUGUGUCUGUGCCAGAGGGUUGUUCAAAACCAGUCGACUGGGAUGAUACAAAACAAGUGAUACGUUGGCUUGAUCUACCUGGAGACAGAGGUAACGGUAUCGACUCCACAAGUCGUUCAGCUGCAACGACAACAACAACAGCGACAACAAACUCAAAUAAAGCAACCAAUCAACAGGCAACAGCAGCACCAGCAGCGACAACAACAACAACAGUCGCUGAUCCACAUGGUUCACAAGAAUUACCCGCUCAAUUCAAUUCAAAUUAUGGUCCAGCUAGUGAAGUAAUUCGUCGUAAACAUAAAGUGAUCGAGAUUGAAACUGAACCAAAUUAUGAAGAGAUAUUAGAUCAACCAGAUCCUAAACCACUGGAAUUAUUCAUCUCAGGAGUAGCUGAUUUCACUCAGUACAAAUGUGAUGUCAGUAGAAUUGACUUCAAAGAUACGCAUAUCUUUGAAAAACGAAUCUACAGGUUUGAGUUUAUCAAUUCAGGAUUGAUAACACUCCAUUUCAAUUGGUCUAUUCAAAUGACAAGUUCAAUGCCUGACGAAAAUACUAAUAAUGACACUAGUAAUGAAGGUUGUAAUGAACAUUGGGAUAGUUCAUUGGUUCCAUUCACAGUUGAUCCGGUUCAGGGUAAUAUACUACCUGGAAAAUCACAAUUUAUUCAGGUUACCUUUAGUCCACUUUUACUUGGUGAAUUUGAAGCACAACUUACUGGUCGAAUCGAUAAUCUACUUCAACAGUCAACUACUUCAAAUCGUAAUCGACCAAUUCUUAGUCAACCAGUGAUUACAAUAACAGGGAAGUCAGAAAAUUCUAUUCUACACUUUGAUUUAUACGAUUCAGAUUAUUUGUCUGGUGGCCGAAGAAAUCCUGAAUUACCAGGGCUAACUGGUAUACCACUUGGAGCAAGUUUAGAUCCAUCUACAAGAGUGAUUGAAUAUAGCAUAGUUGGUUUAGGUGUGAGAAAAACAAGAUAUUUUUCCGUUAUAAAUACAACAAAAGAGAAUUUUGAAUUUACAAUUGAAAAUGCUGACUCAAUGAGCAUGAAAGAACCACAAUCAGUAAAAUGUCUUGUAGAUAAAGGGAUAAUUGAAGCUGGUAAAAAAAUUAAUAUUGGAUUCGAGUUUAUCGCCUAUCAACUUGGCUUAGUUGAAUCAUUUUGGCGUUUUAAUGUCGAAAAGUUUGGUUACAGCGUACCAAUGUUGAUUGUAGGCGAGACAAGAGAGCCAAAUAUUAUGUUUGAUCAAUCCCACAUCAACUUCAAUGCUGUUCUUAUUGGUCAUAAAGUCAGCAAAAAUGUCCUGUUAAUUAAUCAAGAAGUUCCAGCAUCAUCGUCAUCGUCGACAUCAUAUGAUACUAUCAUAAAUGUAGAAGAACAUUCUUCAGAUAUUCUAGAAUUUGAAUUUCUAAAAUCUAGUCUGUAUAGUGCUGGAAAACAAGAUUCAGUUAUUGUGGAACCAAUGUCUGGUCAUAUUUCACCUGGUGAAAAAUUACCAAUUCAAAUCACAUUUCAAGCAGUUGGUGAACGUGAAGUCAAUAUCAAUUUACAAUGUCGAAUUAAACAUCGAAAUUUACCACUAACAUUAAAUAUAAAAGCACAAGGUUAUGCAAUUCACUCGUCCAUAUGGAUAGAUUACAGUACAAAUGAUUCGAUAACAAAUCUACCCACAACUAUAGAACAAGUUGAAAUUCAACCUUUAUGGUCACCAUGUCUAGGUGUUGACAUGACAGAUCUUAUGAAUACCUGCAUAGAUCGUAUUAAAAGAGAUAGGCAUAUAGCUAGUAAAUUAGCUGAAUUAAAAUUCGGUGAAUUGAUACCUGGAGAAUGUAUCACUCGGAAGUUAACAAUCCAUAAUAGUGGAAAGUUUAAAAUAGACUUUUUAUGUCAAUUCUUGCCGAUCCCUGAUGAUCCUGAUCAUAAAGGUGAAAUAACCAGUGGCAACAACAAAAAGAUGAAUCUAAUCAAUAACUUGAUCAAUGGUCUAAGUACCGACAAUGGCUUUCAGUCGCCAUCACUGAAAAUCACACCGACAUCAGGCUCACUACCACCCAAUGGAAAACUUACAUGCACUGUCAUGUUUCAACCUCCAAAACGAUUAAGUCUGUUAGGCAUACAACGUUUAAAAUUGAAUAAUCUACUUGGUCUAUGCUUAGUUGUACGUGAUGGUCCUGUGUAUGGGAUAAAAUUAUCUGGUUCAACUAAACGACAGACUGUUCAAUUUUCAACAACCUCCAUUAAUUUUGGUUCACAGUUGCUAAUGCAACCGGGUCUUAAACCUUCAACACGUUAUUUAUACAUUGGUAAUUCAGAUACAAAUCAAGAAAUGAGUAUUGAAUGUAUCUCACAAUCGUCGAAGAUAUUCACCUAUACACUGGCGCCAACAAUUCUGCCCAAAAAACAACAAGAAGACGACAAAAAUGAACAAAGUCGAAGUGUUCUAUGCAUGCCAAUAGAAUUUUAUCCAUAUGAGGAUAAAUUAUACACAGAAACGAUAAUAUUUGAAAUUAAUGGUUGUAGUCAAUAUUCAAUAGAAUUAUCCGGUAAAGGAUGUAAAUUGAACAUUGAACCAAUUGUUCAUCCAUUGUUGUUGAUUAAUAAAAACAAAAAUGGAAUCCUAAAGAUUACUCAAAUAAACGAAUCAGACAAUUUAAGUGAUAAUAAAAGAUGUAUUAAUUUGGGUCAUUUAAAAAGUGGUCAAAUGUCAAGAAGAUAUAUAAGUUUAGUUAAUAAAAGUAACGCACCAGUCUGCAUACAUCAGAUACAUUUGAAUCAACCUACAGUGGUGGCUAUUGGUAACGAUGAAAACAAAUCGAUAAAUAUUCAAUUGUGUAAUUCAAUACCAGUAGAACGACAGUGUAGUUAUACUGGACCAAUUACAGAAGUGCCUACACCGUUGAUUAUUCCACCGAAUGGAGGAGAGAUUAUGGCUAUGCUGAGUCUGACAUCAGAUAAACGAAUACCUGAAUUCAAUGAAGAGGUUCUCUGUGAGAUAUCACGAGUUGACCAGGAUAAUACUAUUGAUUUGCCUAAAGAGGAAAUGCUCAGCACAAUGAAUGAAGCCAGUGUAGGCGGCGCAGAGACGAAUACAAAUAUGUUUUUAUCUAUAUUUUCUGUACACGGGGCUGUAAAUACCUAUGACAUUGACUUUAAUAUUGAUUCAAUCAGUUUUGGUUCAGUUGUCCGUGGAAGUCAGUUGAACAAGCGAAUAGUGUUAAUUAAUUCUGGUGACUACGGUGCGAAAUUUGAAUGGGAUAAAUCAACAUUUACAUCAGAUUUACUUAUUGAACCAAUGAACGGAUUCAUUGGUCCUGGACUGGAAGUCCCAUUCACUUUAACAUUGAAACCGAACAAAUUGACGCGUGAGAUACGAAUGGAAAAUGUGACAUGCAGAAUUCAAGGAGCUGGACAAAAGACAAUUACGAUCACAGGAGCUUGCGUACCACCAACUAUUAUCAAAGAAGCACAACAAUUCACAACAACAGUUAGACAAUCCGAUACUAAGAAACUACAAAUUACAAAUCGUUCAAACACGGAUUGGCAAAUUAAGCCAGUCAUCAGUGGUGAACAAUGGUCUGGCUCAAAGAUAUUUGAAAUACCAGCACAACAAACUGGAGUUUAUGAGCUGAAUUAUAAACCAGUUACUAUGACAACAGAUGGUGUAAAACACAAGGGUACAAUAUUCUUCCCACUACCUGAUGGUACAGGACUGCUAUACAAUUUGUUAGGUAUAUCUGAAUCACCAAAAUCAAUGAUGAAAAUCAAUCGUGAAAUUGAAUGUAAAAAAUUACAUACAGAAAUUGUACAAAUACCAAAUUGGUUAAAUAACCUGCAAAGAUUUCGUGUCACUAAAGAAAUUCUACGUCCAGAUAAAUCAGAUUCAAGUACAACUAUUCAAGGAUUAAACUAUAUAGAUGUACCAGCGGAUUCCAGCAAAGAAUAUAAGCUGAGUAUAUUUACAUAUCGAGAAGGUCUUACACUUGUCAAGGUGACAUUUACCAACGAAACUACAGGAGAAUAUCAAUUCUUUGAGAUUAACUUCAAAUCGGUGAGAAGUAAAAGUCUAGAUAUAAUUAAAAUGCAAACGCCAGUACGUAAACCUACCACAUAUACGCUUACAUUGGAAAAUCCUUUACCAAUACCUGUUAACUUUCAGUUGAGCACAAAUAUCCCUGAAGUUCAAUGUCCAAGUCAACUACAAAUUCCUGCAAAUUGUGAAGGAAAUGUCACACUGGAAUAUUUACCCAUAAAAGUUGGCCAGAAUACUGGGAAAUUUGAAGCAACUUGCAAUGAACUAGGCUUAUUCAGUUAUGAAUUAGACUUACAAGCUACACCGCCUGGAUUUGAAUCUACACUACACUUUCGAACAAAUAUUGGACAACGACAUUGUCAAAUGGUGAAGUUUACAAAUAUGACAAAGAACAAAACUGAAUUCAUUGCAAAUAUUGAUCAUUGUGACUUCCACUGUGAAAAACAAGUCAGUGUAGCGGCUGGAGUUGAUGCCACCCUCGAGGUUAUUUUUGAACCAACCAGUGUAGGCAAUGGAGUGGCUACACUGACAAUUACAAGUGCACAAGCUGGUGAAUACAGUUUCCUGCUUAAAAGUACAGCACUGCCACCACAACCUCAAGGUCCUAUCACGAUAAAAGCUGGUGAAACAAAACACAUCGUCUUUCGCAAUGUCUUUCCUACACCGAUUCUCUACUCAUUUCAGGUUGAUAAUACCGUAUUCAACUUGCCAAAACAAAGUGAAAUCAUUCGACCGAAUAAAGAAUUUCGAAUACCAAUCGGUCUUGAUGAUAAUGUGACCAGAUCACCAGUGACCGGUAAACUAGUGGUAACUGCAGUACGUGCUCAAUCGAGUGCACGAUUAACUCGGAAGGGGCAAACAACAGGUGCAGCUACAGAUGGCGCGUAUUCCUCUUCUCCAUCGUCUACGUCACCUCCACACAACAGCAAACGGCAUCAUCACCAGACAUAA